AUGCAGCGCCUCCAAAGUGCCGGACAUGCUGUAAAAGUGGCAACGGAACAUUUGGUAAACGCAGCUAGACAAGCAAUUACAGAAAAUGAUUGUCGUGGAUUGGUGAUUUCUGAUAGAAUGGUAACGGGUAUUGCCCAAGUAAUGGAUGCACAAGAAGAAGUGCUUCGAAAAGAAAAAGAAUUGAUAGAAGCUCGAAAUCGUUUAACAAAACUAAAUAAAUCUCGUUAUGAAAAAUCGCCUGAACCAUCACCAGAAAAAUAA